GACCAAGUUCAGUCGAUUGUGCAAGAUGGCGGCGGAUAGUGAGAGGAAGCGCAAGUCGUACGGUGAGAAAAGCCGUAAACCAGUGAAUAUGUACAAAUUAGCAGUGGAUUUAAUAGGUUUGGCAUUUGGCUUUUUCCAUCGGUGGCAUGUGUCGACGCUGUUCGAAAAUGACCGGCAUUUCUCGCAUCUGUCCGAGAUUGAGAGAGAAAUGUCCUUCCGCACGGAAAUGGGGAUGUAUUACUCGUAUUACAAGACGAUCGCGGAGUCGAAAACGUUCAUGGACGGACUAAGAAAGAUCAGCCACGAUAACAUUUCGGAAUACGGAAACGUCAUUAACGCAGCUAGAAAGUAUAAUCUGCUGCCAGAGACUCUGUAUGCAUUAAGAAAUUCAAUGCAUUCACUUCCUAUGGGAGAACUAGAAAAGAAUCACUUUCAGAUAGAAAGAGGAGAAGGUUUGCCACCGGUGACCAGUUGCGAGGGUCUUGGUGUUCCAGUUUAUUUUUACUUAGAAAUCGUUUGGGUUUUCACUAUAUUUACGGUGGCUAUAUUAUUCUACUAUGCGGUAUUCCUUGGUAAUAGCUUGAACAGUGGAAUCAUAGCAGUGCUUCUCUUUUUUUACAAUCAUAACGAAUGCACUCGUGUUCAAUGGACUCCACCGUUAAGAGAGAGCUUUGCAUACCCUGUAUUGCUCUCUCAGAUGUACAUGUUGACUGUGAUUAUCAGAGAGAGCACUAUAAGGGACCCUCAGAAAGUGCCCAAAGAUUUACUUCAGAAAAUGGGUAUGGCAACAAUAAUUAGUUUAUGUUGCUGGCAAUUCUCACAUUUCGUAUUCACCACACAAAUCAUCGCCCUGUUGAUAUUGAAAUGGAUGAAAAUAAUCCCUAACGAUCUUUACAGAUCUAUCUUUAAAGUUCAUGGUUGGUCAAUUUUAAUAACAAUGGGUAUCUCAGAUGGUUUGCUCUACUCUAUGUAUUGUUACCUUCUACUCGUCAGCAAUGUUAUAAGUUUGACAGAAAAACUGACUCGUUGCAUGGGCACAAAAUUGCAAACGAUAUUCGAGAUCUUUUUCACAAUUGCAUGCAUGGUGUACUUAAAAGUAUUAUUAUCACUCUCGACGUCGUUGUUCGAAGACAAUGCGCACGUAUUUGAUUUACUGAAAGCAAAACUGACCGGUUACAAAAAUUUCCAUACGAUGUUGUACACAUGCUCGCCUGAGUUCAGUUUCCUCCAAUAUAGGAGCUAUGAAGUGAUCAUAAAAACGUUGCUUCUGCCGUCUGCUAUACUGGCCGGGAUACUGGCGAUGUAUUUUUGGUGCAGGAAUUACAGAAUCAAAGGAUACCCUAGAUGUAUAGAGCCUGAUCUGGCUUAUAACGGCCUGCAAACCGGCGCUUUCAUUAUCAUGGCGGUUUUCAUCAUGAGACUAAAGCUAUUUAUGAAUCCACAUCUCUGUAUAAUAUCUGGCAUUGUAUGCGCAAAUAGAUACUUGGAGAAGCUUGGAUUGAAGAAAGAGAUGACCAAGACUGCCAUUACUCUUUUACUGAUAUCUGCGAUGUCCUAUCAUGGUUUAGAGAGAUUGCACGAAGAACGAAGUAUUAUAGGUGAGUACAGCGACAUUGAGCAAGAGGAAUUGUUUGAAUGGAUCAAGAAGAACACACCUGAACACGCUGUGUUCGCCGGCAAAAUGUCUUUAAUGGCAAAUUUAAUGCUCUCCACAGGAAGACCCAUUGUCAAUAACCCUUACUACGAGAGCAAAGAAAUGAGAGAUCGGACAAUGAAAGUUUACGAGAUUUUCAGCAGAAAAGACGUUACAUCCGUGUACUUCACCUUGAGGAAUCUUCACGUUGGAUACGUUGUGUUGGAGGAGGCACUGUGCUUUGGUUUCGCGAAUCUACAAGCAGAAUGUCAGAUGAUUGAUUUAUGGGACCUGAUAGACAAUGGAACCGCGAAGGCAGCUGGCAAACAACCUCUAUGUCCAAUCCUGUUUCAAGGAAACGCCUAUCCGUUUAAAAGAGCCUUUGUAAAUAAUCGUUAUGUUGUUUUGCAACUCGAUUACUCCUAUUACGUCGAGCUGAAGCCCAAAACUUCCCUCAACUACCAUUCCUGAAGGUGUUCCGAUCAAUCGACUGAUCGAAUUUGACAAAUCGAAGAUACCUCGCGCGAGACUACAGAGAAUAUUUUUCCCAAGAGAGAGGCAGUUAUGUAUGAUACAUAUACAUAUUAUUUUUUAAAAGAAACAUUGACUCGUCAAAGUGAGCCAAAGCAACUUUGUUAAACAGUUAAGAGUAAAAUGUGAAUAAAAUGUUAACUACGUUUCUGCGAA